AGCUGUCACGUGGUCAGCCUCCAAACACUAAAAGCAGGCGGACGAAUCACUGUCGGCUUGCUCCGUAUCUCUCCGCACGCCCCCGAUAUUGCUGCCUAAAGACACUCUGGUUGUCCCUUGACAGCCCUCUCUCUACUCGACUACUUUCGGCAUACCAAGCUCUGCGAUGCCUUGCGGGUCACGGGACAAGCGGCGUGCUGGCCAUCGGUGCCUGCGUUGCCGGCAAGAUCAUCUCAAAUGUGAUGGACGCAGGCCCUGCUCUGCAUGCGUUUCGCGAGGGUCCGCAUGCUCAUCCCCGCCGACGUCAUCCCGGGAGAUCACGUUUGUGCAGUACGGCUCGAAGCCGGUGGUGCACAAACCAGUGGUGCAGGAUUCCUGGCGCUUCAUCAAUGUUUUCUUCAGCGCUGUGGGCGUUUCCACCACGCCUUUGAGUUCGGUUUUCUCGUACGACAAUGUCGGCACCGUCUUCCAGGAGAACGAAUUGGUCCAUAAAACGGUUUCUAUCGUGGGUUCCGUUUACGCCAGUCGCACCGCCACCAUUCUGGAUCUUUCCCCGCAGGAAAAACGCGAAGCCCGCUUAAAGUGGAAUAAACAUCGCGAAUUCAUUUUGAGUCAGAUGCACAGCCCGACGAGCACUCCGCCACGUGAGUUGUUGUUAUGUGCUUUGCUCAUCACUGUAGCAGAACUCAUGAUCUCCGAAGAAGGGGAGAAUUGGACCAACAUGCUCAGGACGAUCUCAAAUUAUCUUCAACAGAACUUGGCCCUUGUCUGGGGCGGAUCUGCGUUUGGCUCGUCCCUUUUAAGGUUCUUUCGCAUGAGCGACAUCCUGAGGUCAAUCUGCUAUAGUGUAGACAUGACUCUCCCGCCUUUCUUUAGCACGCUUCAGCCACACAGCCCUACUAUCCGAUUACAGCCCGGUAGCGAGGAUCGCUGGGAUAUCCUCGUGGACAAACUCGAACAGUGGGCCAGGUUGCAGAUGAGACUGAACCGCUUGGUUGAAGCUAUCGAACAAGGUGGUUACUCGGAUGUCUCCUUGGCGGACAGUAACGGUCACUUUCAACAAGAAGGAAUCGAGAUAAUCUGUUUGGCAUCCCAGUUACAAAGGGAUUUCAUUUCGGCCAUCCUGUCGUACACCCCGUCGGACGGUCAUGUUACAGAUCCAGCUACCAAAUCACUGCUCGCGUACUAUCAUUGGGGGCUCACCGGCCUGUCCUGGAAAUUUCUCGAGCCCGUAUGGCAGCUCCUGGACUGCCCCCUGCCGAAGAUGGAAGAUGAGAUGGUUCGGAAACAAGCCACCACUGCGUUGGAAUAUGCAGAAAGCUCACUCAGUGGGGUCCAACUCGAUGCUGUGCUCUGGGCAGCCAUCCCGGUGUAUGUGGGGCUAGUGGUGACUGGGGAGGGGCGGAUGCAGAUGCUGGGCUUCCUUCGGACGCUCAAGGCCAAAGGGUUCGCCAUCGCCGCAACGUUCGAGACGGGUCUGCAGGAGUGUUGGGCCAAGUUCAGCGAUCCGAGAUUUGACGACUUGGCAGAGUUUGCGGCAGCCGCAGCCGCUAACCGACUGGAACAAAUCGCCAAAGCGCAGCAGCAGCAGGCUGAACUUGGCCCCCGCAGCGGCGUUAGUGUUCUCCAAGAGGAAGUUGUAUAACAACAAUCAAACUUUCUUUGUGGAGGCGCACGAUGAAACUUCCGCUAGCCGCUUCUCUCGCGACUUUAUUGCCUAAAGGGGCUUAGCGUGAGGCUGAGCGCGGGACUUUCGGAACGGGAGGCACCAGCCCCACCACUCCUCCACUCCUGCAGCCUGAAGCCUAAGCCCAGGUAGCAAUCCUUUUUAAACGCGCGAGCCCUAUCUAUCGCGACAACAUUCCCUUUUACAGACGCCUUGGCGAGGGCCGCCCCUCUGUAUAUGCGCCGCCCCCGCA